CGGCUAAGCAAACGCACCGUCGACCAUUUUUUCUCUGCAUAGUCGACUCAUUGAGUUUCUUCGCUCAGCCAUGGCAUUUCCGUACAUGGAAGCUGUUGUUGGUUUCAUGAUAUUGAUGUAUAUUUUUGAAAGUUAUUUGGAUCUACGGCAACAUGCUGCUCUGAAACUGCCAACCCUUCCAAAAACUUUGUUAGGAGUUAUUAGCCAAGAGAAGUUUGAAAAAUCCCGGGCAUACAGUCUUGAUAAAAGCUAUUUUCAUUUUGUUCAUGAGUUGGUAACUAUAGUGAUGGAUUCUUCAAUACUAUUUUUUGGCAUACUGCCGUGGUUUUGGAAGAAAUCUGGAGAGUUUGUGGUGACGGUUGGCCUCAAUGCUGAAAAUGAAAUUCUACACACACUUGCGUUUCUAGCUGGGGUCAUGAUUUGGUCACAGAUCACAGAUCUACCAUUUUCUCUCUACUCGACUUUUGUGAUUGAAGCCCGCCAUGGUUUCAAUAAACAAACAAUAUGGUUAUUCUUCAGGGACAUGAUUAAAGGGAUUUUGUUGUCUGUAUUACUUGGUCCACCAAUUGUGUCUGCAAUCAUUAUAAUAGUACAGGUAAGCUCAUGUAUGUUAGGCAUUUUAGCUUAUGCAAUCNNNUUCACAUUAUCUCUUGUGAUGAUGACCCUUUAUCCAAUUCUUAUAGCCCCUCUUUUCAAUAAAUUUACCCCUCUUCCUGCAGGUGAGCUCAGGGAGAAGAUCGAGAAACUUGCUUCCUCCCUCAAGUUCCCACUGAAGAAGUUGUUUGUUGUUGAUGGAUCCACAAGGUCAAGUCAUAGCAAUGCUUACAUGUAUGGUUUCUUCAAGAACAAGAGAAUCGUCCUCUAUGAUACAUUGAUUCAACAGUGCAAAAAUGAUGAGGAAAUUGUUGCUGUUAUAGCACAUGAGUUGGGGCAUUGGAAGCUAAAUCAUACGAUGUACUCAUUCAUCGCUUUACAGAUUCUUACACUUUUGCAAUUUGGCGGAUAUACCUUGGUGAGGAAUUCCAAUGAUUUGUUUCGAAGUUUUGGGUUUGAUACUCAGCCAGUGCUUAUUGGACUCAUCAUUUUUCAGCACACUGUAAUACCUCUCCAGCACCUAGUAAGCUUUGGUCUCAACCUUGUGAGCCGAUCUUUCGAGUUCCAGGCUGAUGCCUUUGCAAGGAAACUUGGUUAUGCCUCAGCUCUUCGCGCCGGUCUUGUCAAACUACAGGAGGAAAAUCUGUCGGCAAUGAAUACAGAUCCCUGGUAUUCCGCAUACCACUAUUCUCAUCCUCCACUAGUUGAAAGAUUGGCAGCACUGGACCAAGCGGAUAAGAAAGCAGAAUGAUACACCGGCCUCGCUCGGUACAUUUACAUAUAUUUGGCAGGUGAAUUGACGUUCUACACUACCUGAUUGACUUUGUUUUGCGAGCGCUGAUAGAGAAGAACUCCCUUGGGGGAAGCAUGUUCUAGUUUUUCCUUAAAGAGGAAGAAAAAAAAACAGGUCUCUUUUUUUCUUUCUUGUUAUUAACCUCUACUGUGAAGGGAACGAGAGAGAAACAUCUAGUUACAUUGUUGACAACUUUUGGUCGUAUUACUUUUGAUUAGAAUGGUGUUAAUCCUUUGCAUUGAUUUAUCAACUUUUGCAAAGCUUCUACUA